AUGUUGGAUAAACUAUCAUUGACUGUGAUCAAGUCCAUUGCAACUCACUUGAAGGACUGCUUUGCAGACGCAGUGAUGUUGUCAUUGGUCUGUAAGAGAUUGUUUGAAGAGAGAGAAAAGUAUAUAGUGUUGGACAAUGAUCAGUUACCAAAGGAUACAGAGUUGAACAACAUUAAGAAAGGCUCAAAACUACAAUCCUACAAACAAAUAAUCACAAAUCAUCUCAUCAAUAAGCCAUUAUCUAUCUUAAUAUAUAGCAUAUGCAAAAUUGCUAAUUAUAAAUAUCACCAAUACGAUGCAGAUCGAUUGUUCCUCACAAAACGAAGUAUUGCUGAUCAGAGCAUGAUUGAUGAGAUCCUGGCAUUACCUAAUAUUGGCAAGGUUACAUUUCGUGACACUACCAAGAUGAGUAGCUUUAAACAAUCAUUCUGGAAGAGUGCCAUUAGAUUGUUUGAAGGCCUCAAAGCCAAGGGAGUAACGUCCCUUCAUUAUCCAUCAUUGUGGAUCAUUAAGCCAUUCCCAUCAGUCGUGCAAUGGUCAACCAUGGCGCUCGACAACAAUGAGAGAUGUGAUUUUGAAGAUUUUGAGGAUGCUGAUGAAGGCGAUCAUCACCCAAAUCCACCCUUGGCACCUGGCACCCUGCCCUCAUCACUCACCUCCAUCAGUAUAUCAAACUACAUCUUCGAGUCCUUCAAAGUCCUACCACAGGGCAUCAAGAUCAUGGACCUCAGGUACUCAUCACAUGGAAAACCGAUCAAACCUGGCGAUCUCCCAUCCAGCCUGGAGACUCUCAUUCUCUCCCGAUACGUCAGUGCUGCCGCGUUCACCCCUGGAUCCCUCCCACCCCGUCUCAAGACAUUGGAGUUUAAUUGGCCGUAUGAUCAUGUGCUCGACGACACGAUAUUGCCCCAAUCAAUCACAUGUUUGGACCUAAAGUCUGGAUGCAAGAAGCCACUGGGACCCCUGCCAGACAGCCUGACCGACCUGCGCAUUAAUGGUCGCGCGACAGGAUCGAUCAAACACCGACCACUGAUCAAGCUCCUGCUCAAAUCCUAUCGAUCAAUCAAUCCAUUCGUAACAUUUGAUCAACUGACCGACCUGACAUUCAACGACCUGGAGCCACACGAGAUACCAAACAUCAACUCCAAACGGUUCCCAAGUCUGCGAAUGCUUGACUUGUACGUUGUACUAAAGGGAGCAACACCUGCUGAUGAGCCCACCAUCCCCGAUGAUUUUAUGGUCGAUGUCUCGACAUUGCCAUCAACUCUCAAGUACCUUUCGUUGGAUUCAUCGUUUGGUCCAAGGUUUAGAGGCAUACCAAAUGGCGUGGAAACAUUCAGACUUGGCGCAUCAUAUCGCCAUGAAGUCAAGUUCAACUAUGCAUUGCUCCCAUCAUCCAUCACCAGUCUGAUUCUUUAUGGAACUCACUUUAGAUUGCCGAAUGAUGGUCCAGUGCCGUGGCCAUUACCGCCAUCAAUUCGCAAGAUAGAGUUCAUUUUGUCGCCAUUCCCGCCAAGCCUAUUCCUCAGAUACCUGCCGACGACCAUCCAAGAACUUCACUUUAGUAUCACCAACAAGCGCAAAACUACUUAUGUGGAUUUACAAUUGCGAAGGAUCACGGAUACCAAGUUCUUUGCCUUGGUGACGUCGCCAGCACUAAUCGACAGUGGAUUCAUGGACAUCAACACUGCUCAUUGUACCAAAGAG